AUGAGGUCAUUCAACCAGGUUUCAUCAGCCCCAGGCGGGGCAAGCAGAGGUGGCGGAGAAGAACUCGGGAAGCUGCCGGAGCCGGCAGAGGAGGAAUCCCAGGUUUUGCACGGAACUGGCCACUGUAAGUGGUUCAAUGUGCGCAUGGGAUUUGGAUUCAUCUCCAUGAUAAACCGAGAGGGAAGCCCCUUGGAUAUUCCAGUCGAUGUGUUUGUACACCAAAGCAAACUAUUCAUGGAAGGAUUUAGAAGCCUAAAAGAAGGAGAACCAGUGGAGUUCACAUUUAAAAAAUCUUCCAAAGGCCUUGAAUCAAUACGGGUAACAGGACCUGGUGGGAGCCCCUGUUUAGGAAGUGAAAGAAGACCCAAAGGGAAGACACUACAAAAAAGAAAACCAAAGGGAGAUAGAUGCUACAACUGUGGUGGUCUUGAUCAUCAUGCUAAGGAAUGCAGUCUACCUCCUCAGCCAAAGAAGUGCCAUUGCUGUCAGAGCAUCCUGCACAUGGUGGCAAACUGCCCACAUAAAACUGCAGCACAGCCACCUGCCAGUUCUCAGGGAAGACAGGAAGCAGAGUCCCAGCCGUGCACUUCGAUGUUCCCUAGAGAAGCAGGAGGAGGGCAGGGCUGCACGUCACCACCGUUUGCUCAGGAGGCAAGGCCAGAGGUCCUAGAGCGGCCAGGCAGGUCCCCUCCAGAAGCUUCCUCCACGAAGUCAUCGGCAGCACCAGAAGAACCAAACAAAAAGGGGCCUUCAGUUCAAAAAAGGAAAAAGACAUAA